AUGAGCAGAGCAAAAACUGGAUUGCUUAUAUAUCGGACUGUGGUACUUGCUUCGUGGUUGAUGGUGGGGGCUGCUUUGUUCCAGUACAUUGAGACAAUUCCUUUUUCUGUUGAGGAAAAUAAAGUCACUCGUAUUGAGGAAGCAACCAAGUUACGUUUUAACCUGACAGAUGAGGAAUUCUCAGAGCUAAAGCAGGUUUUUUGCGAUAUAUCAAAGAAGCAGCCGUUUGUUUGGUCGUUCGGAGAGUCGUUGUUUUUUACUUACCAGCUUUUAACAACUAUAGGAUAUGGUAGCAUCACCCCUAGGACACCUGCUGGACAGCUUACCACCAUUGCGUAUGCGCUAAUUGGGAUACCGCUGACCCUUUUAACUCUCCGAUCCGUGGGCGUCCACAUAAAUGCCUUCCACUUCUACCUUAUAAGGUCAACGCACAGAAAGCACUGCAAAAAUGAGAAAUGCACUCAUGAAGAAGUAGCGAGUAUAAUCAUGAGCACAUCUGGACUCCUAUUGACUGUGAUUAUAGUCGCCGUCGUAAUGUUUUUCUCGAUAACCUCUUGGACAUUUACUGAGGCACUCUACUUUGUUUUUGUCUCGUGUUCAACUGUUGGAUUUGGAGACUAUGUCCCACCACCUCAGUUGCCAUGGAGAUUGGAAUGCUACUUGAUAAAUUUCCCUAUGUUAAGUUAUAUGUCAAGCUUGCUAGACGCUAUUGUUUUGUUUGUGGACAAAAAGGAGUUGUCGAUAUGUGAGUCGAUCCGUUGUCGGCCGGAAGUACAGUCAUCAGUUCACGAUGGUCAAAUUACAGGUGUUAGUUAUAAUACAGCAUAUGAUGGUAAUGACAUAGUGGAAGAAAUUAAAGCGUAUAAUGCAAAACCAGUGAUUAUUUAGUGUGAAAAGCGGAAAAAAGCAAACGGCUUAGCAGUUCAAUCACAUAGAUCAAUCACCUCCCCUAAAUUGAAUGUAAAUAAAUAAAUAAAUAAA